AUGGCUUCUCUCCUCUCUCACCUCUACCCCUCCUCCCUCCUACCUUCUCCUCCCCCCUUCUCACCUCUCACCUCGCACCUCGUCCAACACGCGCAUCGCCGCCUCUGCAGACCCCACUGGCGCCGCUACCCUGUCUCUCCUUCCCCCCUCCCCCCCCCCUUCUCCCAUCUCACCUCCAUCCUCCCCCUUCCCCUUUACCGCCUCACCUCGUCCAACACGCGCAUCGCCGCCUCAGCAGACCCCAUUGCCGCUGCCACCACGUCCCUCUUUCACUUCCUUCCUUCCCCCUCACAUCUCCCCUCUUCCCCCUCUUCCCCCUCUUCCCCUUCUUCCCCCUCUCCCCCCUCCCCCCUCUCACCUCGUCCAACACGCGCAUCGCCACCUCUGCCGACCCCACUGGGGCGGCUACCUCGUCCCCCUUUAUCACCCCCUCCUCUCACAUUCCCACCCACACCCCCCCUCUCCCCCCACACCUACCCCGGUCCCAAGAAGGUGAAUCUGGUGGCGGCGAUGGUGCGAGGGAUGACGCCAGACGAUGCGCUCAUGCAGAUGGCCGUCAGCACCAAACGCGCCGCUAAAACCGUGGCUAAGGUGGUCACAGCAGCCAAGGCCAACGCAGUGCACAACCAUGGGCUGGAGGAGAAGAAGCUCAUCAUUGGGGCGGUAUCUGAAGCGGCUGAGCCCGCGUGGGAGGGGCGGUCUGGGUGCUGCCAGUCAGUCCGUUGCCAGUCACUCUUUUUUUCCCUCUUCCCCUCCCCUCUCUCCCACCUCCCUCCAGCGGAGGCCUCUGUGGGCAAGGGGCGGUAUCUGAAGCGGCUGAGCCCGCGUGGGAGGGGCGGUCUGGGUGCUGCCAGUCAGUCCGUUGCCAGUCACUCUUUUUUUCCCUCUUCCCCUCCCCUCUCUCCCACCUCCCUCCAGCGGAGGCCUCUGUGGGCAAGGGGCGCGGAGGCCUUUGUCGGCAAGGGCCGGUAUCUGAAGCGGCUGAACUCACAUGAGAGGAGGCGGUUGGGGGUGAAGCCAGCAUAUGUGGGCAAGGGCCGGUAUCUGAAGCGGCUGAACCCGCAUGGGAGGGGCCGGUCGGGGGUGAAGCACCGCUACCGAAGCCGCCUCACCGUGGUGGUGCGGGAGAUGAGCGGCCCUGAGGAGGAGCGAGUGGAACGGCAGAGGGCUGCUGCGGCCAAUCACAGGUGGCUGCGGCGCGUGCAGAGGAAGCGAGGGCAGAUUGUGCCGCAUAAGGUGGUGGAGGUGGGGAGGAGAAAGGAGGUGGAAAGUGGGGCUGCCUGA